AUGGGUGAUGGUGAGAGUGCGAAAGGAGUGGAGAGGGAAUGUAAACCCGGCCAGGCUCCCCGCUGCCCCUCCGUGUCCCCCAGUGCCCAGCCCGGGACACACCCCGGCCAGAGCCAGCUGUUUGCAGACCUGAGCCGAGAGGAGCUGACGGCUGUGAUGAGCUUCCUGACCCGGCAGCUAGGGCCAGGCCUGGUGGAUGCAGCCCAGGCCCGCCCCUCGGACAACUGCGUCUUCUCGGUGGAGCUGCACCUGCCCCCCAAGGCCGCAGCCCUGGCCCACCUGGACAGGGGGAGCCCCCCACCUGCCCGGGAGGCACUGGCCAUCGUCUUCUUUGGCGGACAACCCCAGCCCAACGUGAGUGAGCUGGUGGUGGGGCCACUGCCCCGGCCCUCCUACCUGCGGGACGUGACGGUGGAGCGUCACGGGGGCCCCCUGCCCUACCACCGCCGCCCCGUGCUGAGGCGAGAGUACCUGGACAUAGACCAGCUGAUCUUCGGCAGAGAGCUGCCCCAGGCUGCCGGGCUCCUGCACCACUGCUGCUUCUAUAAGCGCUCAGGACAGAACCUGGUGACGGUGACCACGGCCCCCCGGGGCUUGCAGUCAGGGGACCGGGCCGCCUGGUUUGGCCUCUACUACAACAUCUCAGGGGCUGGGUUCUUCCUGCACCCCGUGGGGUUGGAGCUGCUGGUAGACCACAAGGCUCUGGACCCUGCCCGCUGGGCCAUCCAGAAGGUGUUCUUUCAAGGCCGCUACUAUGAGAGUUUGGCCCAGCUGGAGGACCAGUUUGAGGCCGGCCUGGUGAACGUGGUGCUGAUCCCAGACAAUGGCACAGGUGGGUCCUGGUCCCUCAAGUCCCAGGGGCCUCCCGGUCCGGCUCCUCCUCUGCAAGUCCAUCCCCAGGGCCCCCGCUUCAGUGUGCAGGGGAGCCGGGUGACCUCCUCGUUGUGGACUUUCUCCUUUGGCCUUGGAGCUUUCAGCGGCCCCAGGAUCUUUGACAUCCGCUUCCGGGGAGAACGACUAGCUUAUGAGAUCAGCCUCCAGGAGGCCUUGGCCGUCUAUGGUGGAAAUUCCCCUGCAGCAAUGCUGACCCGCUAUAUCGAUGGCAGCUUUGGCCUGGGCAAGUACUCCACUCCCCUGACCCGGGGGGUGGACUGCCCCUACCUGGCCACCUACGUGGACUGGCACUUCCUGCUGGAAUCCCACACCCCCAAGACAACACGUGAUGCCAUUUGUGUGUUUGAACAGAACCAGGGCCUCCCCCUGAGGCGACACCACUCAAAUUUCUACUCCCAUUAUUUUGGGGGCCUUGCAGAGACAGUGCUGGUGGUCCGAUCUGUGUCGACCUUGCUCAAUUAUGACUACCUGUGGGAUAUGGUCUUCCAUUCCAGUGGGGCCAUAGAAGUCCGACUCCACAUCACCGGCUACAUCAGCUCAGCGUUCCUCUUUGGUGCCGCCCGAAGGUACGGGAACCAGGUUGGGGAGCAAACGCUGGGCACCGUCCAUACCCACAGCGCCCACUUCAAGGUGGAUCUGGAUGUAGGAGGACUGGAGAACUGGGUCUGGGCUGAGGACAUGACCUAUGUCCCCACGCCGGUGCCCUGGAGCCCCAAGCACCAGAUGCAGAGGCUGCAGGUGACCCGGAAGCUGCUGGAGACCGAGGAGCAGGCCACCUUCCCCCUGGGAGGCGCCCCCCCCCCGCUACGUGUACCUGGCCAGCAAUCACAGCAACAAGUGGGGUCACCCGCGGGGCUACCGCAUCCAGCUGCUCAGCUUUGCUGGGGAGCCACUGCCGCAGAACAGCUCCUUGGAGAGAGCCUUCAGCUGGGGGAGGUGAGUGGCGGGGUUUUUUCCUUGGCCAACUGA